AUGCAGGAGUCCGCUGAUCCCGGGGCGGCCGAUGACCCCGUAAAAGGCCUUAUUCCUGCUGCCACGCAAAAGGGCAAAGUACCCAUCCCCCGGCUUGUCCCUCCAUCACUCAAAAACAAUCAUCAGCGCACUGCCCGUGCGUGCGUGGCCUGCCGGGCCAGGAAGACCAAGUGUGACGGUCGCAAGCCCGUGUGUAGGCAAUGUAGUCGUCUUGCUCUCGACUGUAACUAUGCGGGGUCAAAGCGUGAGCGCCAGCAGCUGGAGCUGGAUUCGGUUCGCUCCCAAGUCACAGCAUAUGAGUCUUUGUUGCGAGAGAUCAUCUCCGAAACUGCCCGCCAGGACAUCAAACCCAUUGAUGAAAUCAUCAGUAAACACCUUCAAGGGAACACCGAUGCAUUCUCCACGCUGAUGACCGCCCAAUCGCUAUCGGAUCAACAUCUGCCACAGCCACUCCCGGGCAUCUCAUUGGCCCGUAUGCACCUAACCCUGGCCUCCAAUCCUGCCAGCGCAACUCAACCUCUGCAGGAUUGUCCCCCGAUCCAAACCACCAACAUCGGUCACUGGACUGACCUUGUUGACAAUACCACGGCCAGCCAUCUUCUGUCUCUGUACUUCACCUGGGACAACCCGACGUGGCACCUCAUCGACCAGGAGCUGUUCCUUCGCGACCUGGAGCGCGGUCAGACGGGGUUCUGCUCACCUCUGCUGGUCCACGCGCUUCUAUUCUUCGGCUGUGUAAUCGCUCUUCCGAGUUUCUCUUACCAUCUGGCGCGACUCACGGAUCGACGGGAGGAGAAGGUUUUGGGCCAGAAGAUCUAUUCGGCCCUGCAACGUCUUUGGAAUGUGGAGAAAGAAAUCACUUGUCUUCCUACAGCACAAUCAAGUGUCAUGAUUGGCUUGCUGUGUUGCACUUUUGGGCUGGACCGGAUGGGCACACGAUACAUCAUGCACGGCGCUACGUUAUGCCUUGGGUUAAGGCUGCAUGAGGAGCGUCCUUCUUUCCUUGAAGAUACUGUCGACGAGGAUGUCGAGUCGCUUCACAGGUGUCAUAGACUAGUCGCAUGGGCUGUAUUUGAUGUUCAAGCACUGGCGGCGCAAGUGUACCGGAAGGAAUCGGCGUGGAAGCAGCCACCGUCUGUCAGGUUCUCGGCGACCGAAGCGGCGGCACUAGACGAUGGCGACGAAUGGAGUCCAUACCCGUUUCUCACCCCUAUUUUCAGGCCGUUUGUGCAUACGGCCGCGAGAGCUCGAGGCGGUCUCGUGAUGAUUGUCAACGACAUAGCGGCUUUUGCGUUGAGGUUUCCAGACUCACCGCUGGAUCAACAGGACUGGGAGUACGGCUUCCAGCUCUACGGGAAGCUCCUGAACUGGCGGGCCAGUUUACCUUCCACCGUCACCCCCGAUGAGAAUACGUCGCCCCAUAUUCUGACGUUACACAUGUACUAUCACGCGACAGUGGUCUCAUUAUGCGAGAUCUUUAAUCUCUAUUCUAAUCCAACGAACAACCCAUUUGAGACGAAGUUUGACACCCAGGGUGCCAAAUUACAAGCCAUGGGGGUCAUCGGAUCUCUCAUCCUGCUGUUCCAGACUUGCCAUGGAUUCAAGUCCUUGCCGAUCGUCAUGCUCCACUACUUCUGUGCGGCGGGCGUACAUUCUGUCUCCCAACUGCGCCCUCAAGACCCGAAGUGGAGCCUCGUCCUGGAGAGCUGCGUGGUCGGGCUCUGGCACAUGAGUCUCGGAUGGGGCCGCCUGUGCACCGCCUUCCUCCGAACCAUCGAACUAGUCCUCAAGGCGACCAAACCCGACCCAUUCCUCAUCUCCCCCAAGGUCCGAGCCGUCAUGCAACAGCUGAGCACGAAUCGAUGGACGGCGACGGACAUCAAGUCCUUGGCGGCGGACUAUGUUGUGUAUCAUGUCCCGAAGUCCGAGGAACCGGGCGCCGCUGCGGGCCCUCAGCACCUGGCUCACGGGCUGCAGAGUCUGAUAGCUGCUAUGGAUGAACACUCUAUUAAGGAGAAGUGA